AUGAUGUAUCUAAAGCAACUGGUUGGUCUCGUCACCCUAGCAAGGCUGAGCACCGCUCUCCCGGCAACUAUCGACUAUAACGUCCCAUCUGAAGCCGGAAGUGUUCUCAACUUGAACAUUGCCCUCCGCAACGGUACCUAUACUGUGAAAGACAAUGAUACUAUCCACACCAUUGCCGCCAAGUAUGAUGUCGGUGCCUGUGACAUUGCCCGAGUGAACGUUCUUGCCGACCCCAAUUACAUCUACACAAAUGAGACGCUGCUCAUUCCUCAGAUCGCAACAUUCCCCGACGACACCUCUUGUUUCAGCACAAAUAACACUGAAGCCACUGCAACCUGCAUCUACGGUGGUCCUCACGUCUACACCAUCCUUCCGGGUGACACAAUUCAGAAGAUUGCAAAUGAGCGCUACAACAUCACCGUCGAGUCAAUCAUGAACAACUCCCCCCAGACCGGGUAUAUUGCUGCUCUGGACCCAGGCCCCUACGAUGUCCUGCAAGAGGGCGAGACAGUCAAAAUCCCAAUUUGCGAUAACACGGCAUGCACAUUUACGCAAUUUACCUUCGACUAUGGCACUCUACAGGACUACGCGACAACGUACAACAUUACAGUUGGCCAGAUCAUGGCGCUUAACCUCGGAUACAACCACACGGAUGCGACAGGUGUUCCUUUGGUUGUAUUGGCUGAUUGUGAGAUCACGAGCUGA